AUGGCCACCUCCGCCACGACACAGACGAAGUCGGCCUCUUGGUGGAAUUAUUUUUUCCUUUACGAUGGUUCGAAGGUAAAAGAAGAAGGAGAUCCCACGAGAGCUGGGAUUUGUUAUUUUUAUCCUGCUCAGACACUGCUUGACCGCCAGGAGUUGCUCUGUGGGCAGAUCGCCGGAGUCGUCCACUGUGUCUCAGACGUUUCCGGCUCUCCUCCCACUCUCAUUCGUCUGCGGAAACUGAAGUUUGCCGUAAAGGUCGAUGGAGAUUACCUUUGGGCACUGGGCUGUGCCGUGGAGCUCCCUGACGUCAGCUGCAAGCAGUUUCUGCAUCAGCUCAUUGGCUUCUUUAGCUUUUACAAUGGACCUGUUUCUCUGGCUUACAAGAACUGUUCUCAGGAAGAACUGAGCACGGAGUGGGACACCUUCAUUGAGCAAAUUUUGGAAAACACCAGUGAUCUGCAUAAGAUAUUCAACUCCCUGUGGAAUUUGGACAGGACAAAAGUGGAGCCCCUGUUGUUGCUAAAAGCAGCCCUGAUCCUGCAGACCUGUCAGCGCUCACCUCACAUCCUAGCCGGUUGCAUCCUCUACAAGGGCCUGAUUGUCAGCACCCAGCUACCACCAUCCCUCACUGCCAAGGUCCUGCUUCACCGAGUGGCACAUCAUGCCAAGCCCAGUGCCAACUUGUGCGUGUGUUUGUUUUCAGAGACCACCUCCAAGAGCGGAUGUCCUGCAGGGACGUGGUCUGUGCUCCCCCAGAAUGUGCAGGUCAUGCCUGUAUUUGUGACCAAACAGGAAGCCGACAGCCUCCGUGAGUUCCCAGUGGAGCCGAAGGCUGGCUCCGUCUUCACAGGGCUCUGCCUUGUAAGGGAGCAGCUGGAAGGUCAGCCUAGUGACCAGAGCCAGCAUGGCCUGUACCACAGUAGCCUGGCGUCCCUGAACGGGCUGGAGGUCCACCUGAAGGAGACGCUCCCCAAAGACGAGGCCUCCCCGGUGAACAGAACCUACAACUUCACGCACUACGACAGCAUUCAGAACGUGCUGAUGGCAAACCUGCCACCAGUGGCCACAGCCCGGGAUCAGCGCUUCCUCCAGGCCGUCAACCUGAUACAUUCUGACUUUGCCCAGCGGCCUGCACUGUACGAGGUGACCGUCAGGAACGCCUCCACAGCCGUGUACGCCUGCUGCAGCCCUGUCCAGGAAACCUACUUCCAGCAGCUGGCCUCCCCGGCCCGGAGCUCGGGCUUCCCCAGCCCCCAGGAUGGGGCCUUCGGCCUCUCCGGCAAAGCUAAGCAGAAGCUGCUGAAGCACGGGGUGAACCUGCUGUGA